AUGAACCAGAAGACAAACAAGAAUGUAGAAAUGUAUGCUCAAUCCAUUUUAAAGCCCCACAGACCCAUUCAGCCUUACAUCUGCUCAACUCUGAAUGAUUUUCAAGAAGACAGAGACUUUCUGGCAAACAACAUCUUCCCCCAGCUUAAUGAACUCUGCAAUUCCCGGGGCACCUAUUUCAAAGCUGUGGACCUGAGUUGAUCAGCGUUGGGGGCCCCCAAACUCCUACCAGCCAACCUGUUUAGACAGUAUUCUUGUCUCCACUCCCAGCAUCUGAAGCUCUGUCUCGACUAUGUGAACAGCUGCCUUCCCUUUUUCAUCUGCAUGCUGGGACAGACAUAUGGAGACUUUCUCCCUGACUACUCACCUUUCGUGUUCUCCAAAGCAACCGACUUGUCAAGUUUAUCCAAACUAGAACAGAAUCUCUAUGUUGCUGCAAGAAACGGUUAUCCUUGGGUCCUGGACAGUCCCAACUGUAGUCUGACGGAGUUUGAGAUCACUCAAGCAGCAUUUAUGAAUGAGUCUCAAUUUCAGUAUUUUUACUUUAGGACUGGAGCCACACUGCUGAAGACUUUAGGUGAGGAAAAGGAGGAGAGGCUGCCCUCAGGUUCUGCAGUGAAUGAUGAGGAAAAAUGGAGGAUUGGAAAGCUUAAGGCCAAGAUUAUUAGUAAAGGGCUCCCUGUCAGAUUUUAUAAAAAUCUCCAUGAGUUGGAUGAGCUGCUUUUCAAGGACUGGUCGGUUGUGAUAGAAAAACUUUACCCAGCUGCUCUAACGAUGGAAAAUAUAGACUACAAGCACAGCUUUGAACGUUUCUAUCAUGAAGAGUUUCCUGAGAAGUGCAAGCAAGUGUUUGUUAUUUCCAAGGAGUCAAACAGGACCUUUGAAAUCUUGGAAAGAUUUGCCUUAGAGGAUGUGGAACUUGAUUUUAACAAUGCAGCAGCAGGUUCCAGUUUAGAUUCUGUCCCUUUAUUUUUCAGAAUAAAUUCUCUUCCAACUUACAAGUCUAUUUUGCUCUUGUCUGGAGAACGUGGUUGUGGGAAGUCCACUCUGAUUGCCAACUGAGUGAACUAUUUCAAAAAUAAAUAUCCGAGCAUGUUGAUGAUCCCGCACUUUGUGGGAAGCACCUGUGGAAGCAGUGACAUCAUGUCUGUGAUCCACUACUUCAUCACGGAAUUACAGCACAAAAACUACGGUACUCAGCUUGAAACGGAUAUUCUUAAUGAAGACUCAAAUGUCUUGGUCUUUUCACUUCUUGUAGAAGCGUUCAUUGCUUCUAUCAGUUUAAAGCCAUGUAUACUUGUACUAGAUGGAAUUGAAGAAUCGAUUGGCAUUUAUAGGAUUUCAGGUCAGAAGUUGGAAGUGGUCUCUAUUCAGGAGCUCUGGGAAUUGAUCCUGAAACGCUGGAUUGAAGACUAUAGUUGGACUCUUAAACCAAAAAAGGAAAAUUCUGGAACUGUGUCUUCGGGGGAAGGGCUGGAUGGCUGGGUGGCCAACGCUCUGUGCUUAUUGUGUAUCUCGCACUGCGGGUUGGCCGAGGAUGAGCUACUCCAGCUUUUGGACAUGCUGGGCUACAGGAAUCAUUACAAAGUGACCGCACUGCACUGGGCUGCCUUCCGCAACGCCACCAAACAGUGGGUCCAGGAGAAGCCCAAUGGGCUCCUGUACUUCCAGCACCAGUCCCUACGAAACGCUGUGGAGCACAAGCUCCUUGGUGUAGACACUCCGGUCAGAGAAAGCAGUCCAUAUGCAUUUCAGAACCCAGCGAAUCACAAGAAAACACAUUUUCACCAAAUCUUGAUGAGAUACUUCCAGUGGCAAACCACUUUCUGGAGAGUGUAUCAAGAAUUGCCGUGGCAUAUGAAAAUGAGCGGGUGCUGGAGGGGGUUGUGCAGCUUUCUCUCAAGCCCUAGUAUCACAGACUUUAUGUCAAGAAUCCAAAGCCCAAGCUUCUGGACGAGGCUGCACCUCACUCACUACUGGAACAUCUUAUCGGAAGCCGGAUGUGAUGCUUCUGGGGCCUAUUUACUCUCGGUGGCCAAGAUUAAAGCAGAUCGGUGCCACAAAAUGAGGAAGAGAUAUAUGCUCUCAGGUACAGUGAGUGUGCUGGAAUGCAGACUUUUUGAGGUUACUGCCGCUGACAAAUGCCGAUUAAUAUUCUUUACUGGAAGUUUUUUGAAACUUACGGGCAAGACCAAUGAAGCAGAAGAGUUGUUCUUGAUUGUUGAGGACAUGUUAGUGCAGAGCCCAUCCAUGACGGAGAUGCUUCUCAAAGUACAGAAUGCCACUGGAGAGCUGUACCUUGAAAUUGGGAUGGCUCAACAAGGGUUCCAGUAUUUCCAGAAAGCAUGGUCCAACCUGCUGUGUUUUUCACUCAGUGACUUAAAAGACAGCCAGAACUUGGUGAAGCAGAAAGUCAGAGUGCUGUAUAACCUGGCAAAGUCAGCGUCUGAGGAAUACUUAAAAGAAAAUGACAUUUUGGGAUAUGCUACUGAAGUUUCCAAGUUAUUGGACAACAAUCCCCGUGAUCAAGCUACAAUGAAAUACAUCGAAGGUGUUCUGAUGUUCGUUGCCGGAGACACUUCUCUUGCAAAAACGAAACUUCAGGAGUGCUUAAAUAUCAGGAGAGCCUUGUUUAGCGAGAAAAACAUGCUAGUUGGAGAAAUUAUGGAAUUUUUAGCAGAUUUACUAUUUUUCCUUCCAGGAGAUAGCGAAAUAUCCCAAAGGAAGCAAGUAAUUGAAUAUUAUAAACAAGUGAUAAAAAUAAAGGAAAAUGCAGACACUCUGGCCAACUCCUCGCUCAUCAGGAAGCAGCUGAGCGUCAGCCUCAGCGAUACCUUGUGUAAAUUAGCAGGUCAGUUAUUGACAAAUGAGUCUUGUCACCACGUCAUGAUUGAGGCAGUAGGCUAUUUGUACAGAUCACUUGAUUUAAGGGCAACCUACCUGGGAUCGUCUCAUUCAUCAAUUCAUGGAAUCCUACACCUUCUGGGGGAAAUCAAGCGGAUUCGGGGCAGGGGAUGUUGGCCUCAAGGUAUGAGCCAACAAUGUACUGAGGGUUCUAGGAAUGGCUUGCCAUUAUGGGAGCAUUUGCUUAAAUUAAACUACCACAGUGCUCAGAGUUCUAAAACAGUGAGCUCUGCAAUGCGCAUGAGCGCAGAUAAGUUACAGAGAACUAAAAGCUCAGACUUGGCACCUCACACAAUUUCGGAUAAGUCAAAAUGUGCAAAAGGGAAAAAGAUCUUGAAACCUAUUCCUUCCAUUUCUGCUGAGGAAAAGGCCCAACGGAAGACACCAAAUAAUGUUGAAAUACGGAAUAGUCCAGGAAAAGAAGCAGCAAAGAAAAAGAAGGACUAUUCCUCUAAGAGUUUAUCUUUGGGUAAAACAAAUGGUUUAGUAAAGCUUUCAAGGCAAAGGAUUUUGUUGGCUAAAAGCCAGAAUGGAGAAGGCCAAAUCACCACUAUUUACUGCCAUCCGCUGUUGUUGCCACUUAACACAAAUAAACCUUGGGAAGCCGUAUCUGAGCUCAUAUCAGAAAAGUGGCUUUUUCAUAGCCGAGGUUAUAGUUCAACUAGAAGUGUUUUUUUGCAGAGAAGAUCUCAAAUCAAAACAAAAUUGUUGAAGACCUCAAAUGAUAUGAAUAAGGAAUAA